AUGAUUUCUACCAUCUACCAGCUAUCAUUGGAGAGUGAAAGUGCUAAGCAUGAAGUUGAAGAGAUGAAACGCAACACUGAAGAACUUAAGAAAGAAGCAGAAGUAGCAAAAAUUGAGCUAGAAGCAGCAGAAACUAAGCUUAAAGUUAAAUUGAACGAAGCCGAAGAAGUGAAGGCAGCGGAUGCUAGAGCCUUAAAUAGUUUGUUGUCUGAGAAAAUCAAUGAUGCACGUUCCCCGACUUCAGAGCCCGGUGCUCAGAUCCCAAUUUCAAGAGUUGAAUUCAAGUCAUCAAGCCGAAAGGUUGAAGAAUCUAAAAAGUUAACAGAAAUGAAAGUAGCAGCUGCAAUAGCUCAGGUAGAAGCUGUGAGAGAAAGUGAAGAGGAGGCCCUCCAGAAGUUGGAGAAUAGCCAAAAGUAG